AUGGCCUCUGUCAAUGGCACGGUCACAGAGGAGUCUAUUAUUUUUGAGCAAUUCUUUAGGGUAGACUUUAAUGCUGUGAACUUUACUAAAAUUGUAGUCCCUGUAUCUAUGUCCCUGUUCUUCAUCUUUAUAAACUUCAUCAUGCUCUUUGCUCUAGGCAGCAAGUCUGUCUUUUAUGAAACUCCACGCUACAUUUUGUUUGGCCACAUGCUUGUUAAUGACACUGUACUUUUGGCAUUCACAACCAUCAUAUAUAUUAUACUUAUUAUUCCUUUGCCACUCACCAAAGCCGUAUGCACUGUUUUAGUUUUUAUCACUUACUGUACUUUCCGUAAUGCUCCUCUGAUACUCGCAGUGAUGUCUCUGGAGCGGUAUGUGGCUAUCUGCUUCCCUCUAAGACACAGCAGCAUUGCCACACCAAAAAGGACCAACAUCAUUUUGGGAUUUAUAUGGAUCCUUAGCUCUCUAAACAUUGUUAUAGACAUUAUUUUUACAUUUAUUGUCAAACCUGAUCAUUUCAAAAGUUACAUUUUUUGCACGCAUGAGAAACUAUAUUUAGCCAAAUGGCAGAUGGAUAAAGCUCAAGGGUUUGAGAUUCUUUAUUUUGUGUCUGUUGCAGUAAUUAUCAUUUUUACUUAUAUUAGGAUUAUGAUUACAGCCAGGUCUGUUAAAUCUGAUAAAGAUUCUGCUAAGAAAGCCCUCAAGACAGUGCUAUUGCACCUGAUUCAACUUUGUCUGUGUCUCUCCUCUUUUCUAUAUGCUACAAUAGAGAGAACACUGUACAUGAUGUCAGGAAGCAGCACUUCUCUAUUUAUAAUCCUAAGAUAUCUGAAUUAUCUUCUUGUUCUUAUUCUGCCACGCUGCUUAAGCCCUUUGAUCUACGGUCUGAGAGACGAGACCGUGGGGCCUUUAUUCAAAUAUUACCUCUGUUAUCGUUCAAGUAAGGUAAGACCCCGUGUUAAUGUGCAUUAACUGAUGUGGAGAGAUGAAUAGAAAAACAAGAUAAUAUGCACUAUAACUAUAAUAUUAAAAAUAAUUAAUGAAUUGCACGUUAUGUUCAUGUAAAAUUGAAAGAGAAAAUAACACAAUCAUGAAAUGAAACCUGAUGAUUUUAAAAAGGAAGUAUUUACUAUUGUAAAACAUGUUUUUAUUUAUGUCUAUUUGGACAUGUGUACUUCUGAAAUACUGCAGGUGUUCUGUGAACAAAUACAACAUUUGGAUUUUUGAAUCAAAUCCUGCUAAAUGAAAAAGAUUUCCAAGAUCUCUGUUAAUAAGCUAAGGCAGGGGUCUCCAACGUGGUGCCCCCACAGAGUCUGUGAGGUGCCCGCCAAAGCACAUUCUAUUAAUAGUCUCAAUUGUAAUAUUUGUUUAUUACAUAUUUUUUAUAUUAGCUAUAUAAGUAAAAUAAAAUAAAAUCAAUUAAAACAAAAAAGUUUUGAGUAGACUAUAUCAAAAAGUAGCCCUCCAGUUUUAUGGUAGCCCUUGCCCACAAAAAGGUUGGAGACCCCUGAGCUUUAUCUUUUUUUCCGAUACCUCUUUAAGCCAAGGAAGUACACUUUAAAAUAUAUUUAUAAUAUUUACCUAUCAUUAGAAUUGUUGAGAUGUAGUUUUAUUAUUGAUUAAAGUAAUUGUACUUUUUGUGAUGAGAUUGAA